UUGACCACAGUGUGUGGUUGCAGCAGAGCUGAGCCUGCUGCUCCAGUUUCAGUUGGAAGGCAACACCAACUGUAACCACAAUGCCGCAGAACGAGCAUAUUGAGCUUCACCAGAAGCGUCAUGGUCGGCGACUGGAUUAUGAGACGCACAUGCGUAAAAAGGCUGCAAGAGCCCACAAAGACUUAUCAUGGAAGGCACAGAAGCUGCAUGGAAUAAAGGGCAAGCUCUUUGGAAAAGAACGGCGGAAGGAGAAGAUUCAGAUGAAGAAGACCCUGAAAGCCCAUGAGGAGAAACUCAAUAAAAAGAGAAACAAGGAAGAAGUACCAGAAGGUGCCAUUCCAUCCUAUCUUUUAGACCGUGAGGGUGAAACGAGAGCCAAAGUUUUGUCUAAUAUGAUCAAACAGAAGAGGAAGGAGAAGGCUGGUAAAUGGGAUGUUCCACUUCCAAAAGUUAGGGCACAGUCUGAAGCAGAAGUGUUCAAAGUUAUCAAGACAGGUAAGAGAAGAAAGAAAGCUUGGCAGCGUAUGGUGACCAAAAUUACUUAUGUUGGUGACAAUUUCACAAGAAAGCCUCCCAAGUUUGAGAGGUUCAUAAGACCAAUGGCACUCAGGUUUAAGAAAGCUCAUGUUACACAUCCAGAACUGAAAGCAACAUUCUGCCUACCCAUAAUUGGAGUGAAAAAGAACCCAAGUUCAACCAUGUACACAUCAUUGGGAGUGAUUACAAAGGGUACUGUAAUUGAAGUGAACAUUAGUGAACUGGGUCUUGUAACCCAGAGUGGUAAAGUUGUGUGGGGCAAGUAUGCCCAGGUUACAAAUAAUCCAGAAAAUGAUGGUUGCAUUAAUGCAAUUUUAUUGGUGUAAAGAAAAUUAAUUUCAGAUCAAUUCUGAACCUGGAUCCCAAAGCCGAUUUUGAAAGAAUAUAUGUGCUGUUGUAUUCUGCAGAAUUUAUAAUAAAUAGAUAAGAGUA